AGACGUCAUUAAAUCACGAGUCUGUUUUCAGCAGUUAGUGCUCAUUUGAUCGACACUUGCUUAUGUCUACACUAUUAGAUAAGAAAAACUGCUAAAUUUGCAGAGCUGUGGGGCACAUUAAGAACUACUGAUAUAAAGGAAGUUGUGUCUUUGCAGGAACUCAGUGUGUUAACAUUUAGAUCUUAUGAUAUGAGGGAUAAAAAGAUAAAAAGCCACACGUCACCAUCUUAAAGAUGUAUGGUUGUUUUCACAACACUUUUUUUACAGACCAGCUCUAACAUCAACACAUCUCGCAUUUUAUUACUAAACCUGUUUCGAAGAGUUUGUCUUUUCAUAUUUGACUGAAACUGUUAAAAAAACAUGAACAUGGUUUCGUUUGUGCUUGUGGUGUCUGGUUGGUGCGCUUGGGGAUACAUACGGGCUGAAGGCAGUGUCAGUGAUGGAGGGAGAAUCUGUCACUUUACACACUGAUAGAGAAAUGAGAAACAAUGAUCUGAUUCUGUGGAGGUUUGGACCGGAAAACACUUUAAUAGCUGAAAUCACUGUGGUGGACGGCAGCAUGACUGUAAAUGAUGAUUAUGAUGGACGUUUCGGUGGCAGAAUGAAGAUGGAUCGUCAAACUGGAUGUCUGACCAUCUCAGACACCAGAAUUGAACAUGCUGGACGUUAUGAAGUACAGACCAAACCUAUGAAGAAGUUCUUCAUUCUCACCGUCUAUGGUGCGGCUGACGAUAGAGAUGAGAUGAAGUCAGUUUCAGUGAUGGAGGGAAACUCUGUCACUCUACACACUGAUACUGAAAUGAAGAACAAUGAUCCGAUUCAGUGGAUGUUUGGGAACUAUUUAAUAGCUGAAAUCAAGGACACGGCCAACAGCAUCAUUAUAUAUGACAAUGUUCUUGAAGGGAGAUUCAGAGACAGACUGCAGGUCGAUGAGGAAACUGGAUCUUUGACCUUCACAAAUGCCAGACUUGAACACACUGGAUUUUAUCAACUACAGAGCAACCGUGCAAAGAAGGUUUUCACUCUCAGUGUCUAUGCUCCUCUGCCUGUUCCUGUCAUCUUCAGCUACUGUCCUCCUUCAUCAUCAUCAGCAGCAGCAUCCAAAUGUGUGCUGCUGUGCUCAGCGGAGAAUAUGGGUCAGGUGACUCUCUCUUGGUACAAAGAAAACCAAUUAUUGUCCAGCAUCAGUGUGUCUGAUCUCAGCAUCAGUCUCUCUCUGCCUCUGGAGGUGGAAUAUCAGGAUCAGAACCCCUACAGAUGUGUGCUGAACAAUUCAUUCAGUGAGCAGACUCAACAUCUGGACGUCAAUGAACACUGUCACACAUGUUCAGACUCAGGCCACGGUUGUGAUACUGUUCAAGCUGUGAUCCGAUUGGUCGUCACUGCUCUAAUGGGCGCGGCUUCUGCGGCUGCUGUUGUUGUUCUGUAUUAUGACAUCAGAUCCAGACAAGCUGAACAGAAUCAAGCACAUUCUUCCAUUUCAUCAAUCUAAAUGAUUUAGUUAUUUCUGAUGUAACUUUUUAUCAUUUAUUAAUGAUCAUUUAUUUUCAAAGGCUUUGUAUUUUUAUCUGCUCGCAUCGAUGUUGAUUUAUCAGCGCUCACUUUCACCCUAGAAGAUGAUUUGAGAACAAAUAGCAAUGUAAAUAUCAAAUACGAGUAUUUGUCAAAAUAAAUACAAAGAUCAGGGUGGGGCUUAGGGCAAUUGGUAACAGUUAACCAAGCCCAGGCCUGGUUCUAGAGGGUGUUAGAGGGUGAUAAGCACUAAACUAUCCAGUGCAUAUUUGCAUUGUGAUGUAAAUAAAAGAUUCAUUGUGCAGUUUAGAGAGCUUCAUUGAUUAUAAUGGGACUUUGAGAUCGUGAUGAAGUAAGUUGAGUCACGGCUUUUAGUGAUUAUAAAGGGAGCACACUUUGUCUUUCUUGGCUUCAAUCCAUUCAGAGUGAAACUUUAGUUUUUCAGAAUUUUGUUUUUUCAAACAUGACUUUACGGUUGAGAUUAUAUCGCCACCUGUUGGUUUGGCAUGCUCUUGACAGUGUAUCAUAACAUGUGUUUGCGUUUUCAUGUGG